CGUUAUUGUGACUGUACUAGAAGUCGGAAGAGACGCUCAUCCUACAUCAGCAUGGGUGGCAAAAAUAAACAGAGAACGAAAGGAAAUGUUCGGCCCUCCAGCAGUGGGAGAGCUGCUGAUCUAUUGGCGAGGGAGAGCGGGGUCGUACCUGGGUUUGUCGGAUUCGGUGUUUCGUCCUCCAGCGAUCCAGGAUACGUGCCUGCUGUGCAGGGGGCUGAAGAGAUUGACAAUCUGGUUGAUGCGGACUUCCGCUUGGUUCUUCGAAAGCUUUCAAAGAGAGAUGCGGUCACUAAAUUAAAGGCAGUUCAGGAGUUUGGAGCGAUGUGUCAAGAGCGAGAGCCUGAUAUUGUAAAGGGUGUUCUUCCAUACUGGCCACGCAUAUACUGCCGAGUGUCAGUGGACCAUGACCGUCGCGUGCGAGAAGCCACACAGCAGGCCUUUGAGCAGCUGGUUUUAAAAGUCAAGAGGAAUCUCGCUCCCUACCUGAAAAGCGUUAUGGGUCACUGGCUCAUUUCUCAGUGUGACACGUACUCUCCCGCAGCUUCGGCUGCCAGCGUUGCUUUCAAUGCCGCUUUUCCCCUCAACAAACAGCCGGGGGCUGUCAGCUUCUGCAAAGAUGAAGUUUUGAUUGUCCUUCAAGACAAUUUGCUGAAAGAAACACCCGACACACUUAGUGACCCUCAGAGUGUGCCCGGGGAGGAGAGAGAGGAAAAGUAUGUGCGACUGUUGACCAGCUCUCUUCUGGCCCUCAAGAGAUUGCUCAGUGUUUUACCUGAACAGGACAGAGAGGCGCUGAAGGAGCAGUUGGCCCAGCUCAUUGCACAGGGAAAGUUCUGGAAGUACAGCAAACACAAAACUCCACAGAUUCGAGGUGCUUUCUUUGAGUUGAUAGCCACAAUGUGUGAGUACACGCCACAGCUGAUCCAGGCGGAGGCGGCCCGAGCAUGUUCUUCUGUCCUGCUGUCUAUCGACGACACUGAACCGAUGGUGCUGCCUCCUUUGUGGGAGGCGGUUCUUCAUAUUCUCUCCUGUGUUGAGAAUUGUUGGACGCAUGUCAAUGCCAGGAAAGGUGUGAUGCCAAAGCUCUGGGUGUUACUUAAAGAAGGAGGUCGAGGUUUGGCAACAAGUUUACACCCGAAUCUCCUACCCUUCAUCAGCAAACUGCCAGCGGAGGUCACACAGCCUUACCUGGACUUCUCUAGAACGUUCCUCACAUCAGUCAUUCAGGGAUUGUCGAGCGAGCGCGCCACAUCCAGUCCUUCAGAAAGUGCUGCUAUUGUUUUUGCUACAAUGGAGUGUUUGCGAUUUAUCAUGCUCCAAAAUGCUGGAGAUGAGCUGGAGCAGAGAAGCAUCCAGAACAUGCUGAUCUCAGAACAGCUCUUGCCAUUGAUCGAUAUAGCUCUGGAGAACCCGUCGCUACAGUCCGGCCCUCUAUUUUCUCAGGUCUCUGAUAUGCUGCUGUCCUGGGAAAAGCGGGCGGCUGGGACAGAGACUGGCGUCUUCCAGAGGCUGCUGUCGGACUUUUGGGAUGAUCUGGCACGCUUGUGCACGCGUUAUGUGGACAGCGAAGAUGCCCACCAGUCUGCCCUGGAAGGCAUUGCCUCGCUUUUGCAGAUCAUGCAGAACCCGAACAGCAGUGACAUUAAACGGACCAAGAAGAAGAAAUCUGUCAAAAUCUGCUUCAUGGACGAGGAAGAAAAAGGCCAGGGGGACGCUCCUCAGAGGGAUGCCCCGGUGGCUGAGCCCACGGAUGGGCAAGAAAAACUAGCUUGUCCUUUAAGAAACGGACAUCUGCUGGAUUUGGUGUGCCAGCUGGCGGAGCUAAACAUGGUUUAUGUGAGCAAGCGUGACUCUGAAAGGCACUUGCGGUUUUUGUCUCGGCUUCUUGGAGCUUUUCCGAACCCUCAGGUGUUUCUGGUACUGCUGAAGCUGGAGGAAACGAAGCCUGAAAUGGGGUCGGAGCUCGGGCAUCUAGCGGAAAGCCCAGCCGUCCACUUCCUCCUGGAGAAAGUAGCCGUGUGGUUAAAACAGGAAAGCAGGAACGACACGGACUUCCUGGUGGACAUGGUGUUCAGUUCCCUGCAGUGUUGCGGCUCCAGUGCUGACAAGACGCUGAUCCUCGAUUACAUCAGCAGGGAUUUGAAUUGGGCUGUUACUCUUCAACUUAUUCAAAAGGCGUGUGUUGAUUCUGUUCGUCUGGAGGUGUGUGCUGGCUGGCUGAGAGGGCCCGUGUUAGGGGAAAGGUUGGUGGGUCUGGCUGGAGAGCUUUGUGCGAUGGGUUUGUGUGGACCCCCUCCGUCAUCCUCUUCAUCCUCUCCUCAUUCUUCCCAUCAUACACAUGGCUGGACUCUUAUCAGUCUUGCUCUGUCCCAGCAGCACAAUAAUGAGCCUCUCAUUGGCAAGGUGUAUGUGGAACAGAUCAUUGACAAGCUCCAUGGCACGCUGUCAGAAGCGAAGGGCAUGUCUGACGCCGGGAACAUGGAACCUCUGGUGUCUUUCAUCUCUGAUGUGACGGCCACCUUUUUCUCUUCAGUUAAGGGCUGUCUGCUGCUGGCAUCUGCUGAGGAGCUUCUCAUAACUGUUUUCCAGCUGUGUGCACAGGACCAAACCAUAACUCACCUGUCAGAUGCUCUCCUCCUGAAGCUGAAGCAUGCUUACACUGCAGGAGUUCAUUCAUUGAUCACUCAUCUGGGUGCGGGGGUCACGCAGGGCACGCUCCUCCACAGUGUCGCGGGAUGGAUUAAAAACCAGCUACUCACUGCACCAUUGACCGUCAAAAGCCUACAGGUUCUGGUUCAAGCUGUAGAGAGCCUGAUUCGGACGAUCACCUCAGCCCAGAAGAGCAGCUGUGUCCUGCCUCAGUUCAUCAGCUGUCUUGCUCCAACAGAUGAGGAAUGGAGCCGCAUCAGACAGGCCCUGCCCCCUCAGUGGGUAAAACACCCUCUCCUGUCUGGGCGUCUCAGAGCGACGGGUGAAUAUCCCAGCAUGGAUGUUUGGAAAUUCAGGCCGUCUAAUAGGCUGCCUGCCCACCUUUGUGCAAGUGCGUUACUUGGCAAAAUCAUCCACACUGUAACAUCACCUGAUGACCCACAGGUGGCAGCAGACUUCUCAGAAAUUCCCAAUCUUAAACACAUAAUUGCAGAGAUCCUCUAUGCGCUCCAGUGGUGUGAGGAAAUGGAACUGUCACCACAUAUAGUGACUGAAUAUCACAACCUCCUGCAAUCCUCAAGCUUACAGGAGAAAAUCCAGAACAACAUUCUGAUCAAAACCGCUGUUAUAGACACACUUUUCACAAGGUCACAGGAAGAGGGCUUUCUCUGGUCACUGUCUCUGGCAAAAUGCAUCCACAACAAGAAACUGGACCCAAGUGACAUCCAGAGUUUGUACAACAAUGUGGAAAGUUUCUUCCCCCUCACAGAUCACAGCGUGAGCACAUUGCAGGUCCUGUGUCCAUAUCUAGCCAAUGAGGAGAAAGAAUCACUCGUGGCCCUGUGUGUCGCAGAGCUUCUUAACUGGCAGGACAGAGAGAGCGACUGCAUUGACAGCGUGCGGGCGUGUCUGGCUGUGCUGCACUGCUGUCUCCAGGCUGAUACGGCUGCGGAGGAGGAGAUUUUAUUGGCUGUCGUAGCUACGAUGGCUGAAUGGAGGAACAGCAGAGAGGAAUGGUUUCUCUUCAACAGUGACCUUGGAAAAGUUUCCGCCUCAGGCCUCUCAUUGGCUGUAGAGAUGAUGCGUUUCCUGUGCUGGUCUGUGGAUUAUUCUCCCGCCGUUUUGGGAAACUCCCACUGGGAUUUUCUGCUUUGCUCCAUGCUGGCUUGGCUCGAGACGGCUUGUGAAAACAGCAGCGUGUUCUGGAACCCUUGGGUGCAGCUGUUUGUGUGCGAGAACUGCAAGCUGACUGUGAGGCUCAAUCGGUUUUUCACAUCGCCCCCUGCUGGUGUGGCGGAGCAACUGCCUCCCGAGCUGACAUCUGAGUGGAACGAGUUCUUUGUGGAGGGAAUUUACAAUCUUUUGCUUCCACUGCUAACCAAGAUUCCCAUUGACUUUACGGAACCAGACGACCCGUUGUUUCCCCUGCCGGUGUUGAGGGCGGUUGGGGAAGCCCUCACCUACAUUCCUGUGGAGCUGCUAACACAGAAUAAGCUUCCACCUCGGUUUGUGGCCGAUCAGAAAAGCAGUCUGCCAGAGCCUAUGCAGACCCUGCUGAACACCCUCUCGCCCCUCCUGCUCUUCAAAGCUCGACCAUUACAGCUCGCCGUCUAUCAUAUGCUGCACAAGGUGAUGCCUCUGUUACCGGAGAGCGACAGCGAGAGUGCCAGGGCUAAAUCUGAGGCUGAAGAUGGGGAGGAGCCGUGCUUAUCUCCUCCGGCAGCAUUGAUGAACAUGCUAACUGGCACAGAAGAGCUGCUGGAGAAUAUUCUCGGCGGUGUGCAGGUGGGCGAGUUUGCCGUGGUUCAGCCUCUCAGUGUGGAGCACUGCUGCAUUCUGGGAUAUCUGCUGGCAUGGAAACUCCUCUUAACCUUCUUUAAGGCUUCUUCAUCACAUCUGCGAGCUCAGUAUUCACUACAUUUGAAAAAGACUCGUUCUCUUCACAAACUUCUGAUGCAUCUGUUUCGUCUGAUGCCCGAAAACCCGUCGUUGCCUGGACAGCCAGCGGAACCCUCCAGCAAAGAACCCAAGACUUUCUUCACAGAGAGCCUGUCUCUCUCGCCCCGCAAAACCGAAGGCCUGCAGUUUGAAGUGCCCCAUCUGGCGUGUUCAGUGUAUUAUGGUGCGCUGAAGGACCUGCCGGCGAUGGUGCGCCUGUGGUGGAACAGCCAGGAGAAGCGUGUCUUCAGCACGGUGGAUAAAUUCACAAGCAAGUACGUCAGCGGCGUGUUGUCUGCGCAGGAGAUCGCGUCGGUGCAGUCCAGCACCGUGACUUUUGAAAACAUGAUGGUAAAGGCACGUUCUACCACGCGGGAAGUGAUCGCUACGUACUCCGUGGAUGAUAUUUUCAUAGAACUAGUGAUUCAGCUGCCUCAGAAUUACCCUCUCGGAUCGAUCUCAGUGGAGAGUGGGCGGAGAGUGGGCGUGGCUGUCCAGCAGUGGCGCAAUUGGAUGCUUCAGCUGAGCACUUACCUCACACACCAGAAUGGGAGUAUAUUGGAGGGUCUGUCCCUGUGGAAAAACAAUGUUGACAAGCGUUUUGAAGGGGUUGAAGACUGUAUGAUCUGCUUCUCUGUCAUUCACGGAUCCAAUUACUCGCUGCCAAAGAAAGCCUGCCGUACUUGCAAGAAAAAGUUCCACUCUGCCUGUCUGUAUAAAUGGUUCACAUCCAGCAACAAAUCCACGUGUCCUCUGUGCCGAGAGACGUUCUUCUGAGCGCUGUCUCCAUGUACACUUAAAUAAUGGCUGAGUGACGUCCCGUGCGAGCAAACAGCUGACACGAACAGAAACGUUCUGUUCGUUUGUUUGCACAUGAUUUUUGCAGUGUUGCAAAUGACUGUGGCCUUUAAGUUUCUGACUUUGAAGAUGAACCUAACAACCCCUGUCACAGAGAGAGGGAUGAAUCAAUGCAGUCGCACCAAACCGGAUUAAAGACCAGAAACUGGACUGUGCAUUGAACGAUGAACAAGCUUGUGUGCCUCUACAGACUUCAAUCAUGGAUUCAAAGGAAUAGGUCAUCCAGAUUACUUGUUUCGGUCAAACAAAAACGAUGAAUCUAUUAACAAUGACAGUUUAUAGUGACUGUGUGUCAAGCAUACAAUAUAGUGUAUGUGAAGUGUCACAUAUUGUAGUGAAAACUGUCAAAAUUGUACUAAUUGAAAUCUUGCCUUACAAUUUCUAAUCAGAUGUCACUAAUUGGUUCUUGUAUAUCACAUGAUCAAAUGUUAUCAGACCUCCACCAUAUUUGAUUAGAUUUUUGGAGGGAUGAGAAAGAUUACCAGUGGAUAUCUCACAGUUCACCCAAAAAUGAAAAUUCUGUCAUCAUUUACUCGUCCUCUUGUCCGCAGAACACAAAAGACAUUUGGAAGAAUGUUGGUAACCGAACAGCGACGCAUUGACUUUUAUGGUAUGGACAUAAAACUAGUGCACUGUUGAUCGGUUAUCAAGAUUCUUCAAAAUAUCUCAUUUUAUGUUCUGCAGAAGAAGGAAAGUCAUAUAGUUUUGAAAUGACAAAAGAGUAAGUAAAUGAUGAAAGAAUUUACAUUUUUGGGCGAAUUAAAUUGUAGCACAGCCACAUAAACUUAUAUUAUAUUACUGUUUGGUGUUUAUUGAGUAAAUAAUUGAAAAUUUUCAUAUAUGGCAGAACUAUUUCUUUGAAUUCACUUAAAAUGUCUAAGAGGGGAAGAUCGUCACAGAAUUGUUUACUGGAAAUUACCUUUCACAAUUACAGUAGUACUUUUCUGAUGAAACCAGUUUACAGCUUUUGAAAUGGGAAAUAUGUUUUGCCCCGAUAGCUGUGGGACCAUUUUUGUGACCUGUUAAAAUGAUGGACUGAGUUUUGGCUUUUAAUCCCAUCUUGAUGAUACGCUUUGAAAUUAUACAUAAUGUUGUAAUCCACAGCCAUUUCUGUUUGCUUUGAUCUUCGGAUGUCAUAGACAAACACAAUCUGUGUUUGUGAAAUACAGAUUUUUCCCACA